AUGAUUGAGCAUGCUUGCAGAACGCAGCGGAAGGCAAAACUAAAGGCCAAGGAGGCAGAGCUAGGCAUAGAUUUGUUCAAACUCUACGGAGAAGAGGCCAUGAAAAUCUGGACCGCGUUGAGCAAGUUUGAGACAUGCGAGGAGUGCAAGACCACGGAGUGCACCCUGCAGCAGCCGAACCUCGACAGGGCCUCCUUUCUCAGCAUGAUCCGUGGCCGCACAGAUAUAGCGAGCGAGUGCAAGUGCGGCGGAACUAGAACGGUUUAUUUUGUUCUUAGCGAGUCGGGCUUCUACGUCGACCUGGCUCAAGAGUUCACCCGUGAGAAGCAGCUUGAAUCCCUUCUGACAGAUUUUCCACCCAAGUUUGAGAUUGGCAAGAAAACGUUCACAAGACUGGUGCUCUGCAUGGGAGAGUUCAAAGGCAAGAUCGCUCACCAGUUCCUCAUUGUGACAGAGGAUGGAGAGUUUCAGCGACUCUGUGACGGUUCGCCUGAAAUUUUGUGGACCAAGUAUAUUCCAGAUCUAACCUAUAAACUGGAAUUGACGGCGCCGCCGCUGUGCAGAAUCUUGCUGGCCCAGACGUCGGCUUAAGUCCAAGACUCUCGACAGGACUGUUAAAAAAAAAUGUUAAAAUUUCGGUAGUCUUAUGCACUUGAAUGUUAAAAAGUUUGGAGAUUUAAAUGCGUGAAAGACACUGAACUUGUCAGCUUUUCAAAUUUUGUUCAUUUUAAUUAGGGCAAAGUGCUUAAUAUAAUUCCAACAAAGUCUUAAAUCUUUCACUGGAACAGCUAUUGAUUCCAAUCGAUUCUACAUAAUAUAUUCGAAUAAGUAUAAAAAUUCGUUCAGGAAAUCUUUGUUCUUGGUUGUGCCACCUGUUCGGGCAAUUUUCUUUUCUUACUUUCCAGGUCAAAAUUUUUCUCCUGCAAAGUCUCAAAAUUUUCAGGCGUCAUUAUUAUUUGACUGAGUUGAGAUCCGCUAAAAUCACAGGUUUUCCUUCAAAAUUAACUUUUUUUUAAUUGCUUUCGGUAAUAUUUUUUAUUCCAAUUCUCGAAACUGCAAGUGGAUACCAGGUGCAUGAAGACACCAAGGUUGUCAAGCAGAAUUGUGUAAUAAAAAUUCAUUAUUAUGAGAUUUAGGAAUGCGAUUAUUAAAACAAAUCUCUUUCUUUGAUUUUAAAUUUCCAUCUAAAUUAUAAAUAGAAUAAAAGAUAACAUGGAGUUA